AUGUCUCUCACCUUCAAGCUACUAUCACUGGUGAUCCGGACGGCCGCAAAACCAAUAGGUAACUACAUCAAACGACAAGCCAAAGAACAUGAAGCCUUCCGCAAAUUCGCAGUCAAUCGAGCUCAGUUCGUCCAUCGGAUCGACAUGCGUAUGCGGUUAGGAAUACUCCACGAUGCAGAUGCACAGCAGAGACUACACGAGCGGGAGCAGAAAGCAGCAGAUGAGCGGAAGCGAAAGGCUGAAGCCCCAACUGUGCGGACGGAAGUGGAUCAGAAGCAGCAUGAGGAAGACAAGGCAUUGGGCAAGGACGAGAUUACAGAAGCCAAGAAGAAGAAAGAAGACGUUGGCAAGGUCAAGAUCCGUCCGCUAAGUGAGGCUAAAGCGAUUGAGCUGGGCGCGAACUUCUUCUCAGAAGCCUUCAUAUUCGCGGUUGCGGCAGGAUUACUGGUAUGGGAUAGUUGGCGAAGUAGGAAGAAGGAGAGUGCAAGACGGGACGAUGUAGCCGAAAGGUUGGGCGAACUUGAGGCAGAGGUCGAGAGAUUACGUGGGAAGUACGAGCCUCAGCUGCUUGCGAUCACAGAGAAGGUGAAGCCGUAUGAGAAGAAGUAUAGCUGGUGGAAUCCCGCUGGAUGGUGGAUGCGGACAGAGCCACUGGGUGGAGGCGGGAUGCCUGUCGCGGACGAGGUGGGUGCGACCAAGCCCAUACCUGGCAAUGUGCCUGUGUCGCAGCCGGAGAAAGCGAUCAAGCCUACAGUACCCUCGUCGAAACCGAAAGAGGUUAAAGGGCAGAUGACUGGCAAAGCCCCUGGCGCGAAGGCCGCUGAUACUGCCAAAGUCGAGCUUCGGGCGACUACAGGGACACGAAUACAACAUUCGCUGUCCAAAGGAGUGGACCGUGUUCCGUCGGUGAAAGAGGAGCGAUGA